AUGGCAGUACCACACAAAGUCAACGAAGAUGAAGCAAAUUUACCAGCUUCCCAAUCUCAACUUUACCAGCUCCCCAAUCUCAACUUUGAACAGGAAGAUAUUGAUUGCCUCACGAUGCUGAAUGAGUCAAUGUGUAAGCCUUUUGGCUUGCGUACCUUGUCCAUGAAGGAUAAGAGCUGGUUCAAUACCUUAGGCUUUGUUCCCCUAGUGGAGUUGCUAAUGGAAAUAAUGCACCCAUUGUUGGCUCGAAAAGUGUUCGACUAA